UGUUUGGAGACACGUUUAUUGUGUUUGUUUAGAGACACGUUUAUUGUGUUUGUCACACGGUAGAUUCAGUGACAUGAGCUCGUGCGCCUCCGGCCGCCGCCCGCCACUUUGCGCCGGUUUCCCGCUGCAGCGCGCGCGCCCUACAGAGGCGCCCAAUGUGCGCAUUUACACCUGUUAAAGCCUCACACCGAGCACAGCAACACUACCGAACACACAGCAACACAGCAACACCGACACCACCUUCACGGACACGACCUGGAGCGUUUUAAUCAUAAACUCUUACAGGAUCUCACUUUAUUUAUUAAUUAUUAUUAAUAAUAUUAUUUAACGUUGCUGUGGAUUAGCUACAGGAGUGGACCUACACGAGAGAGAUGACGUGCAAAACAGAUUUCAUGAAGAAGAUGAACAGUUCUUUAAGAGAGAAACUUUUUUAAACGUGAUUUUACAGGCGCGCGCGCGUGCGAAAGAAGACACAACAUUCCGAACGGAAAAUAAAACAGAAAACCAAAAUACGGAGCAACAAGUAACCUGAGUAGUGCGGAUUUUAAAACGGCAAAAUCUAAUUAAGAUGCGCGAAAAUCCUCCUAAUUAACACAAAGAUAAAAGUUAUUACAGCCGCAGCAGCUGCGCUUUUUUCUGCACUGCGCACGCGCGUCUCUCGGUGCCUCAACGGUACGGUAAAGGAAUACGAUACGGCGCAUGCGCACGACCUGUUCUCCAGUCGCGCUAGUACAGGGAGCACUGCGCAUGCGCAUAAACUCUCUCCCCAGAACAGGGCUGAAUGAAGAGGGAAAUUUAAAAAACGGUUUCAGGGACAGGGAGAGCUGAACUACUGCAUCUCUCAGCUCACAUCACACUUUAUCCUGACUUUAUUUCAGCAAAACAGGAAAUGAUUGAAGCUGGUUGUACAGACAGGAUGUCAGGACUGAUGACAAAUUCAGGACAUAAUCAGAACUCAGCGCAGGACUACAGGCUCCUGACCUCAGAUACGUCUGAGCUGUGUAAGUUUGACCCCGGUGACCUCCAGUCUCUGACCUGGUUGACCUCAGUGGAUGUCCCACGCCUGCAGCAGCUCCGUGCAGGCCGAGCAGAGUUCAGCAUGAGCGCUCAGGACCAACUGCAUGCAGCUCAGCUAAGUAACAUGAGUGUGGCUGGAGGAGGGACGUCCAUGGUCCAUCUGCAGAGUAACAUGCAGCACAGCCCUCUGGGAAUCAACACUAUGCCGCAGUUUUCUCCCAGUUUUCCGUCUCCUGCCUCGGUCUAUCAGACUCCUUCCCAGCAGGUGAUGACCUUCUCCCAGUCCAACCAGCAGUGCUCUAAUGGAGGAAUCUACAGCAACUUCAACAACCAGAGUUUAUUCACACAGCAGCAGAUUCACACUCCACACAGUCAGGAGACGCAGCCCAAAACCUUCCCCAAGCCCAUCUACUCCUAUAGCUGCCUGAUUGCGAUGGCCCUGAAGAACAGUAAGACAGGCAGUCUCCCUGUCAGUGAGAUCUACAGCUUUAUGAAGGAACACUUCCCCUACUUUAAGACAGCACCAGAUGGCUGGAAGAACUCCGUGAGGCAUAACCUGUCUCUGAAUAAAUGUUUCGAGAAAGUGGAGAACAAGAUGAGCGGUUCAUCGAGAAAGGGCUGCCUGUGGGCUCUCAACCCAGCCAAGAUAGACAAGAUGGAGGAGGAGAUGCAGAAAUGGAAACGUAAAGACCUAACAGCAAUACGACGCAGCAUGGCCAACCCAGAUGAAUUAGACAAGCUGAUCACAGACCGGCCGGAAAGCUGCAGGCGGAAACCGCAGGAUCCUCAAGUUCAUCUUCCUCAGCCGGUUUUGUCUCUGCAGUGUCUUACUGUUCACCAUCAGCUCCAGCUGCAGCUCCACGCUCAACCCCGAAUAGCACCGACCUCGCCAGCUCCUGCUCAAACACCACCACUCCACCCUGUACCCGAACUCGUCAAACAACCACCGCUACCGCUGCCACCGCCACAAGCACAAUCACAACAACAAACUGCAGAGAUCUUCAGCAUUCACAGUGAUGUCCACUCUGAGGUGGAUGCUCUGGACCCGAGUAUCAUGGACUUCGCCUUGCAAGGAAACCUGUGGGAUGAGAUGAAAGACGACAGCUUUAACCUGGAUGCCCUGGGUUCCUUCAGUAACUCCCCCCUUCGUCUCUCUGACUGUGAUCUGGAAGGUGUGAGCACGACACCGGUGUCCAGCGCUGCUGAAAUUCCCUUCUCAGGCGUUUACACGUCUUACAGCACGGUGGAGGGAUUCACCAACCAGUACAUAAACACACAAGGCAGCAGCAAACCCAUUGUCCUACAUUAAACACACACUCACACACUCACCUACCAAACAGCAAAGAGCAGCUUUACUCCAAAGGACCAUAAAUAAAACACACUGUGGUUUUUGAUUCUUUUCUCAUUAUUCUGCCUUUUAAUUUGAGCCAAACUUCAUUACACACACGACAAGUGAUGCAGGAUUGACAGAAAGAAGAAAAAAAAAGAAA